GCGAAAGCUGGAGCAGGAAGUGACAGUAGCUGAAGGGAAACGGCGGCCAGUCUUGGAUUUGAAUCUAUCAAACUACUUCCAUAAUCUGCAAACAUCUACAUUAAUAUGGCAGACCCGAAGGAACAGGAAGACCACGAAACCACCGCAGAGGACUCUAAUCAUGAUCCCCACUUUGAGCCCAUCGUGUCCCUUCCUGAGCAGGAUGUGAAAACAUUAGAGGAAGAUGAGGAGGAACUCUUCAAAAUGCGGGCUAAACUGUAUCGUUUCGCCUCUGAGAACGACCCACCAGAGUGGAAGGAGAGAGGAACCGGUGACGUCAAGCUGCUGAAACACAAAGACAAGGGCACAAUCCGUCUCCUGAUGAGGAGAGACCGAACCUUGAAGAUUUGUGCUAAUCAUUACAUUAAACCUACAAUGGAGCUGAAGCCCAACGCUGGCAGCGACAGGGCAUGGGUGUGGAACACACUAGCAGAUUAUGCGGACGAAUGCCCCAAACCCGAACUGUUGGCAAUACGCUUUUUAAAUGCAGAAAAUGCUCAGAAGUUCAAGGUCAAGUUUGAUGAGUGCAAGGAGGAGGUCCGAAAAAAUGUAGAGGGAACAAGCAACUCUGAUAGUGCAAACAAAGUGGCAGAGAAGCUGGAGGAGCUUUCCGUGAAAGACGGGGCUUCAGAAGGAAAGAAGGAAGAGGACAAAAAGGAGACUAAGAAAGAAGAUGAGGAAAAGGUGAAGGCUGAGGAGAAGAAUUGAGAACCAAGAACUUGCUUUGCUGAUCUUCAAUUUAUCAGUUUUUCCUCUUUUUCUACAAUAGACUCUAAAUGAACUGAAUUUGGACACUUGCAUAUUAUUAGUUUUUUUUUAUUAUCUGUUUUGCCUCAAGAUCACAAGUCCUUGAUGCCACUGGGGGGGAAAAAAAUAGAGGAUAGUGGAUUUAUGAAAAAAAAAAAAACCUUUCCCUCCCACCCCUCUCCCUCUGCACCAUGGAAUGCCACACUUUGCAUCCUUGUCAUCUACAGUUCAAUGUUACUUUUGACAAACUGUGAAAAGAGGCUUGUGAUAGUGAUAAUUCCCACAUUGGGGUAUUUUUUUGUUUUGUUAUUCUGAAGCAGAGUUUGUUUAUAGGGAAAGAGGAUAAUGUAGCCUGCUUGUUUAGCAGCACAGGGUCAGGGACCAGGCAUUAUGGAGGUGCAUUGUAAAUGUAAAAUCCCAUGAUGCAUCUCAGUGGGCCUUCUUACCCUGUCCACUGUCCAUGCUUCCACGGUUAGAAACAACAAGGUGAAGACUUCUCAGUGGAUGCCUUGUAGAAAUAGGUCUUUCUUGGUUCCUUCUUUCACCAGUUCUGCUGGGAACUGAUUAGAAGAAGAAUCCACUCCAGACAGUUGAGGGGCAUCAGGUGAAUGCUGCAGAUUGCAGUGUCCACUGAUAGCUGACUGAUAGGAGAUCAGAUGCACUUACCUAAGCAUUUCAUUUUUUUUUUUUUUUGUUUUAAAUAUCUGAAAACCACAAAGUCCAAUGGUUCGGCAGAGUUAGGUGCAGCUACGCUCUGACUUCAUUUCCUCACCAGGAAAUGGAGUCUGUAUUUUUAGAUCAUAACAUUCCCAGAAUUUAAGCAUGUAGAGUGUAUGUAACAGAGUGCCCUAUCUGAUCUGUGUGCUCACCACCCUCUCCUUUUCUUUCCACUAAUUGAGUUCUUAGCCUUGCCUCUAAAGCGCAUCUAAGUGCCAGUGCAUCUGUAAAUACAUGUAUAUGGUUGAAAUGUUGCUUUUCAUUUGCACUCAAAUGAUUUGAAAUGUUUCCUCCACCUUCGAAUAAACGCUGUCAAAGACCA